UGAAAAUGGUCUCUCGGAAUAAAAUUGCACAUGGCGGCCGUAAAACAUCAUGGAAUAGGCGCUCCGUAGGAAAGCGACAGAAAACAGAUAUUUUUCAUCAGUUUCAUCCUCCUUAGAAGGAGGUUGUGACAAACGGCCUGCUUGGAUGCUAAGCGAAUUGAGUCUGUACCAAGUACAUCAGCUUAUCGUCAGUUCGGUCGAAGCCGAAAUACCUGCAAAAGCCUUACGACUGGCCUUAGAAAUCAGUGUGGCUCGUCUGCGAGACAUACGAAAAUCAACCAACAGUCAAUUGUUCUUGCCGUUUGCGCUGCUACAUUCACUCUUUAACAAGGGUCACACAUUGGCACGUUUUCUAACGAAGGAAAAGGAAAUUUCCUUGAAGCGUGAAUACGCAACUGCUGCAACCACGGCGAGUAUUUUGAUUCAGCUAGAGAUUUAGUCCACUGGACACACACCCUCCUGGUCAGGAUGACCACCACACGCGAGGAUGUGUUACUGCAAAUGGGCGAGGUGCGGUUCAAGAAGGGCGAUGGUACGUUGUACGUCAUGAAUGAGCGGAUUGCUUGGAUCGCCGAACAUCGCGACACAGUGGCUGUGUCGCAUCGCUUUCAGGACAUAAAGAUGCAAAAAAUUUCACCCGAGGGCAAACCGAAAGUGCAACUGCAGGUCGUACUGCACGAUGGCAACAGUUCCACGUUCCACUUUGUCAAUCGCCUAGGCCCACCGGCACAAAUGGCCGACAGGGAUAAGGUGAAGGAACUGCUACAACAGCUACUGCCCAAUUUUCGUCGCAAGAUCGAUAAAGAGCUCGAAGAGAAGAACAGAAUUUUGACGGAAAAUCCGUCUUUGCUGCAGCUCUACAAAGACUUGGUUAUCACGCAGGUGCUUACGAGCGAAGAGUUCUGGGCACGGCAUGCCAAGGAUUACCUAAACAAAGAGCAAACGGUCAAGCAGGACAUCGGUGUAUCCGGUGCGUUUCUGGCCGACAUCAAACCCCAGACGGACGGCUGCAAUGGCCUUCGCUACAAUCUCACAGCCGACAUCAUCGAGUGCAUCUUCAAGACGUACCCGGCGGUGAAGCGGAAACAUACCGAGCACGUCCCGGCCAAGAUGACCGAGGCCGAGUUCUGGACGAAGUUUUUUCAAUCGCACUACUUCCACCGCGAUCGGUUGGUCGUCGGCACCAAAGAUAUCUUCACCGAGUGCGGCAAGAUCGAUGACCAGCAGCUGCGGGUGGCGGUACAGGAGAAUCUCGGCGAUCCGCUGCUGGACAUUCGGGCGUUCGAGGACAGUACGCUCGAGGAGGGCUUUUGCAGUUCGUCCACCGCCAAGCAGCAGACAGUUAACAGUGGCAACAUCGUGCACCAGAGCAUGAUCAAGCGGUUCAAUCAACACUCGUUUUCGGUGCUAAAAACGUGCACCGACGUGAAGACGCUGAACCUUGGCAUAGGGUCGAUUCUUUCGGCCACCCCGGGGGCAAAUGACACGGCCAACGGUGGCAGUACCGCCAAUGGGAAGGAUAAGCUACUCAACAACAACAGUCUCACGGACAGUGGCAGCAACAAUAACAACAAUGUGAUGAAUGGGUUAAACAAGAAGGACAAAACGGCGUCCAACCAUCACCUCGCGAACGGUGGUACCGCCGACCACGGUAGAAGCAAUGGAACGACCGCUUCGAACGGCGGUGCCGCGUCCGGUGGAGUUUUUGUCGAACCAACGAUUAAACGGGCUCGCAUUCAGGCGAAAAUUACCUACGACGAUCUGGAGGGCGAUGACGACGAACAGCAACGGGUUAAGCAGCUUAAUCUCACGAAAAUCGAACGCUACCUUCACGGUCCGGUUCCGGCCGCGGGCGGUGGCGGUGGUGCCUUGGGUCAUGAUUCGAUGCAGUCGGGAAAGGAAUCAGGAGUAGGACUGCAUGAUUUCGAUACGACCAAUUCGAUGAUACUGGAGGCGGCAAACGGUUCGUGGGCCAAUCGAACGCCGCACAAGCUGUUGGUCAGCCCGGCAGCGGCCGUCAGUGCACUCGGCGAUCUCAGCCCGGGUGGUGCACUCAUGCGUGGUUUCCAGGAACAAAGUCUUGCCCAACUUGUGCCUCCGGAUAUCGAAAAAGAAGUGCGCAAUCUCUACCUGUCGCUGCUCGAGCUGCUGAAGGAGUUCUGGAAGUGUUUCCCACCGACGACACCGCAGCUCGAGUCCGAGGCGACCCGCAUGCAUGAUAUACUGCAACGCUUCGCGAUGGUGAAGCUGAAGCCUUUCGAGGAUCGUGCCAUGAGAGAACUGUUGCCGUUGGGUUCCUCGCUAACGCAGCAUUUAAAUCAGCUCCUCCAGUCGGCCGACCGGAAGUACGCGAUCUGGCAGGAGCGGCAACGUCGUGCGCACAGGUAGCAUUCAUUUCCAUCGUCCUCCUCAACCUGCUCCGCCUUUUCCCGGUAGUGUAACCCCCCCUGCGUCGGUUAUCGUCAGUGCCGUUGCCGUUAUUUCAUCAUCCUAUUUGUGAACCAACAAAACCCGCGUGUCAUCCCGCAGUAUUGCAAUUCGGUUCUCAUGACACACCCCAAACCAACCGCCAAUAUCCAUCUAUUGUUCUCGGCCACAUUAUUAUGUGCUUCCCUAAAGAAUUAACACAAAAAAAAACACACAAUUCCAUACUCUCUGUAGCGCGAGAACGUUUGAUGGAGAGUAUCUUGAACCGUAUGUAACUCUGCUGUAUUCCACGGCUUCAUGAAGGGUUUUUGGUUCCGAAAGGAAAGCGAUGAAGUGAGCAGGCUAAUUCAUUCCCAAUGUCGAGUAGACUAAACUGAAUGUUAGAAUACAAAAUUAUGUUUUAAAUUGUCAACUUUUUUCAUAGUUUUGUUCAAUUUGUCUUUGGAUUAUUUCUUUUUUGUAUCGGCUGUUAUUGACAUUGUUUGUAAUAUGAUUCUGUUGGUCGUGUUGGGGGGAAAAACAGUGUAAGGAGAUGCGCGAGUACGAAAAUCCAUCGAGAUCUUUUUUUUUCUACUGGUUUCUACCAGCGCAUGUUGGAAAAGAUCGAUCAGUUAGAUUAAAGUGUGGGGUAUUGAGAUAGUAUUAUCAUUACACAUGCGAAGCUACCAACGAAAGUAGAGUGUCGGGAAUGAUGUGUUAAGGUUAAUGUUUAUUUUGCUAAAAACAAAAAAUCAACAGAAUCAGAAAGCAGAGGAAGGUUAGCGAGCAUCACACAACUUGGCGAAUCCUUAUCAUCUCGAAAACAGAUUCAUAUCAUCGUUCAAUUGAUCUGAUCAUUUUCAUCACCAUUUACACGCGAGAAGUGUUCGUAGGAUGAUGCCAUGGGGUGGUACGCAGCACGCCCUGAAACAUGAAUAUGACUGAACUGCCUAAGGAAUACAUUUCAAAAUACAUAGUACCCCCCCCCAAAAAUGUGCUUGGUGACAAUUUGAAGAACUGUACCGAUCACGCAAUGGAUUCAAUCCUGAUCGAAGUGUGCGUAGCAAGUUUAAAUAAAAAGAAAAAUCUAAAUGUAGAAAUAAAA